UAGGUUGCACCACUGCUUGUAGCUCAGCUUCUUGGCACCAUUUUAAUGACUCCCCUCUUUAUAGUCCUCCAGUGUGUGACUUAGGGAACUAUUCAGCACAGAAUUCUCUCCAGGGUCCACUUACCCUUGCUCUCCUCCUAUAUCACUGGCCCCUACUUUCCAUUCUCCUUUGCUGGUUUCCCCCUUUUCCCCUGAUCGCUAAAUGUAGGCAUGUCUAGGGCUCAGUUCUUAGUGCUCUAUCUACAUUCAUUCCAUCAGUUAUCUCACCCAGACCCCUGGCUUUAAAUAUCACUAUACACUGACAGCAUACAACUGUAUCUCUCCAGCCUGGAAUGCUCCUCAGAACUUUUAGACUCAUACCCAAAUACCUGGUUGACAUCCCUCCUUGCCAGUCUGUUAAAUUAUCCCAAACCAGUAUGUCCAAAACCAAACUCUGAUUAUCCAUCCUCCAAAGUCUACUUUACCUACAGCCUUCCUCCUCUUCAUAAGUAGCAUCUCUGUCCUUCCAAUUGUUCAGGCCAAAAACCUGCAAGUCAUCCUUGACUCCUUUCAUUCUGUCACACCCACACUGACUCCACCAGCAAGAUCUGUAGGCUUUUAUUUCAAAAUACAACCAAAAUCUGGCCACUUUUUUCUCUCUGUCACUUUAGUCCAAGUACCACCAUCUCUCACUUAGAUUACUGUUCUCCCUGUAGGGUGACCAACAUCCUGGUUUGCCCAAGACUGGGGUGGUUCUCAGGACAUGGGGCUUUCAAUGCUAGAGCCAAGAAAGUCCUAGGCAAACUAGGACAAAUUAGUCACCCUUGGGAGAGUUUCCAUCCUUGCCUCCACAUACCCUAAAUUCCACCAGCAGCCAGCAUGAUCCUUUUAAAAAGGAUCAUGUUGCUCCGCUGCUUAAAACAUAUAGUAACUUCCGAUCUCAUUAGAUUUAAAAUCAAAGUCCUUAACCAAGGCAUGAGCAAUCUAACUAACCCUCCCUAUACCUUCUUGGUCUCAUUUCUACCGCUGUGCCCUCACUCAUUCAGACUCAAUAACCUCCUCAUCAGGGCCUUUGCACUUGCUGUUCCUCUACCUGGAAGGCUCCUCCCCCAGCAUUCACACAUUACUUUCAGGUCUCUGCUCAAGUGUCCCCUUAUCUCUCUCUCUCUUAGCCUGCUGUUUUUCAGCACAGCAUGUAGCAUCACCUAACAUUAUAUGUUUAUUUAUUGUCUGUUUCACUCCUCCAGAAUGUAAGCUCAAUGAAUUAAUAUAAACAAGGAUCUAAGAACUUCAGAUAAUGAUAACUGCUAUAAAGAGAAUGAAACAGAGCAGUGGGAUAAAGACUAUAAAGAGAUGGGGGGGGUUUGUCAUUUAGGUCCCUUGAAGGUGCUUACAUGUGAACUGAGCCCUUAGAUGAUGAGGAGGCAGCCACAUGCAAAUCCACAGAGAAAACAGCAAGUGUGAGGAGUGUGAGCCAGGUAUGGGCUGGCAUACUUGAAGGACUUACUCAUCUUCCAUUACACUGUUAGUCACACAGGGCAGGGCUCAGGGCUGAUCUCCAUGAGCAUAGGUUGGAUUGAGCAGAGUUGAAGGCUCUGCCCUUGUCCCGGGAAGGGUUUCAAUCAGACAAAACCCAGACAAGAAGGACCUGAUGAUGAGUACUGUCCCAGAGAGCCCACUCCAGGACUGGCCCCGUUCUGUGAGCAGGUGGGACACAGAGAUGUUGAUGUCACUAUCCCUGACCCCAGGACCUCGCACCUGGUUCACACGGUAAGGAAGAUUGUGGCAUUUGGGUUGAGAGAAUGGAAAGAGAGAGGAUUCCAGGGGUCAAAAAGGGCCUGAAUAAGGACUCUUCAAGGAGUAAUCCUGGUGUUUCUUUGGGAGAGAAUAGGUCAGUGUGGCUGGAGUUCAAGGAGGAUGUCAGGAAGCAGAGGAAAAGGAGGCUUAGGAGGCAGCUGUCAUCUUGAAAAGAGCUCAGCUCUCGGGUAGAACUUGAACAAGUCACAUAAUUACUCUCGGCCUCAGUUUCCUGAUUUGUUAGAUGAAGAUAAUACCUGCCACACAGAGUAUGAAGCCGAUCAGUGUCCUGCACAUAGCAACCUCAGUAAAGAGAAGCUUGCUGCUGUGAUUAUAGUUGAUGAAGGACCUUCGAUGCAGAAGGACGGACUACUACAGCGAGUACCUGGCACUACAGCAAGUGCCAGGGGCAAGCACCGCGAGGACCUGGAGGUCCGCUGGCUUUAGAGAGCGGACUUAGCGCGCAGAGGCUGCUGGUCCCAGAGGGAGGAAGGGCGUUGAAUUUGGGCAGCCUCCCUGGAGGAGGCGGGCCGUGGCUUACACAGGGCGGCGAGAGCGCGCAGUGCCGGGGCUAGUGCGGCGCGCCCCCUCCUUCCCGCCCCGCCUAGCCGCUCUCCUGCGCCCGGAACGUUGGGCGCGCGGAACCUCGGUGCCGGAGCGCGGGCGCGGCGCACUCGGAGCGGGAUGGAGCGGGCGCGCGGGCCGCCGGCUGAGGCCGAUGCGCCUGAGGAGGAGGAGGCGGGGGCGGCCAUGGCUGCUGUGGUGGUGGCGGCUGCAGGUGGCGCGGGACCGGCGGUCCUGCAGGUGGCCGGUCUCUACCGGGGCCUGUGCGCGGUGCGCAGCCGCGCCCUGGGCCUGGGGCUUGUGUCACCCGCGCAGCUGCGCGUGUUCCCAGUGCGCCGCGGCUCGGGCCGGCCCGAGCGGGGCGCCGACGGCAGCGGGGUCGGGGCCGAGGCCGAGCUCCAGGCCAACCCUUUCUACGACCGCUACCGCGACAAGAUCCAGCAGCUGCGCAGGUCUGACCCAGCUGCUUUUGAGUCCCGUCUGGAGAAACGCAGUGAAUUUCGGAAGCAGCCAGUGGGGCGUUCCAGGCAAGGUGAUUUUAUCAAAUGUGUGGAACAGAAGACAGAUGCCUUGGGGAAACAGUCUGUGAAGAGAGGAUUCACUAAGGACAAGACUCUCAGUUCAAUCUUUAACAUUGAGAUGGUAAAAGAAAAGACUACAGAAGAAAUAAAACAGAUUUGGCAGCAAUAUUUUGCAGCAAAAGAUACAGUCUACGCAGUUAUUCCUGCAGAAAAGUUUGAUUUGAUCUGGAACCGGGCUCAGUCCUGUCCAACAUUUCUGUGUGCUCUGCCAAGAAGGGAAGGUUAUGAGUUCUUUGUAGGACAAUGGACAGGUACUGAACUCCACUUCACUGCACUUAUAAAUAUUCAGACCCGAGGGGAAGCUGCAGCCAGCCAGCUGAUUUUAUAUCACUAUCCUGAACUUAAGGAAGAAAAGGGCAUAGUGCUGAUGACUGCAGAAAUGGAUUCCACAUUUCUGAAUGUUGCUGAGGCACAGUGCAUUGCCAACCAAGUUCAGCUCUUCUAUGCUACUGAUCGGAAAGAGACCUACGGGUUAGUGGAGACCUUUAACCUCAGACCAAAUGAGUUCAAAUAUAUGUCUGUCAUCGCUGAAUUGGAGCAAAGCGGGCUUGGAGCAGAACUGAAAUGUUCCCAGAACCAAAAUAAGACUUAGAACUGUACAAGUUGGCCCUUCACCUAGUAGACUCAGCCCUCGAUAGUCUAGAGCCCACCCCCUCCUCAGGAACUCAAGAGCUCAGCAUUUAUAAUGAGCAAUUGGUAAUUAGUUGCCCUGUGUGCUUAUCACAAGCAGUCAUGGAGAUGAGCCCUAUUAAUUGAUGUUCAGGAACGAAGGUACCUAAACAUUCUGAUAAUUAUCUCAGCAUACUUGAGGUUUCCUUUAUUAAGUGUUCGAGGUUAUAACAAGAGACAGACAAGGACCUAUAAGACAGUUGACUUGGUUUUGCACAGUGUAACAGUGCAGUUGCAUUCUGGCCACUUUGACCUCAUAGCUCCUAAAUGAUCAGUUUAUCAUUUUUAUGAACUCAUGACAGGAUAAUAAGGUUGAAGACCUGCUGUAGUUAGAUAGGGGCUUUAAUGCUUCCCAUGCACCGGUCAUCUGGACAAAAGCAUAAGCCAAACAUCCUGUUUAAACUGUAGAAUAACCAGAUAUUCCCAUCAGGAUAAAGACUUCAUCUAGAUGAUGCCCCUCAGAGAUGCCUUUAGUGUAGCUGGCUUGGGGUAUCAGCAAAUUUGAGGUAUAGUUAGAUAAACGGUACAGGGUCUGCAUACUGUUAAACCAUAGUUUGUGGCACCCACUUCUCUAACUCCACCUGUUAGAAGCUAUGUGUUUGAAGGAAUAAAUCAGUGCAGUGUAAAUAAAAUGCUUUUGUAAGGAGAAGAUUAAUCCAGGUUUGCAUGAUUUUUUUAAAAACAACUCUAAACAUGAUACAAAAAAGUGGGUGAAAGUAAAUGUUCCCAGAAUGGAUGUGGGGAAAAUAUAGCAAUAAUUUUUUUUUUAAAGUUUGGCUUACAAUGUUUGUUAUACAAAAUAAUGAAAUCUAAGUUAUGUACUGUCUGUAGUAUCAGGGCUAUGGGCUGAUUUUAUCAAAACUCAUCUUGGGACUGAACAAUUGCUUGGAAUACUAGAAAUAAGAAAGUUGUUCUCCAGAGCUGGAAACCCAUCUUUUGUUUGUAAUGUCACUGUUGUGGCUCCAAGCUCAGUGAUAGGAAAGGACGGUGGUUACACACCAGCCUUCUGAACCCAAGGCCCCCAGUAUUGUUGUCAGCUGCCUUUACUGUGGCAUUUCUUUCUCUUUCUUUGUUUCCUGAGAUGAAGUCUCACUCUGUCUUGCCCAGGCUGGAGUACAGUGGCACAAUCUCAGCUCGCUGCAACCUCUACCUCCCUGGUUCUAGCAAUUCUCCUGCCUCAGCCUCCCGGGGAGCUAGGAUUACAGGCGCAUGCCACCAUACCUGGCUUAUUUUUGUAUUGUUGUAGAGACAGGGUUUCACUAUGUUGGCCAGGCUGGUCUUGAACUCCUGGCCUCAAGUGAUCCACCACCUUGCUCUCCCAAAGUGCUAGGAUUACAGGUGUGAGCCACCGUGCCUGGCCUGACAUUUUUUUAUUGAUCUAACGUGCUCCACUCUGCUGUUCCUGCCUAAGAUCUGGUUGUAUGACACUGAAUGUGGUGAGUGGGAAUUUAAGCAGUAUUUGCAGCUUGUGUCUGUGUGUUUUCUUCCUUCCAGAAGAAUUUUUAUAGGUGGAGCCUGUCCCUAAGCUCUUAAAAUAGGAUAGACCUCCCACUGUUCUCUGAGCUGUGUCUAUUUUAUUGCACCUUUGAGUCUAUGUAUUGAGAGAGACAGUAUUUUUUUUAAACUGGGGAAGCUGCUAUCCUUUCACUAUUUCUCUAAAGGUUGAGCUGUUAACUAAUGCAAAUUCUGGACCUGCUUCUGGUCCUGGCAGUUUAUCUUUUGAGAAACUUGAGUCUUAUCUGCCCUGCCAUUUUCAUUAAAUGCCUUCUGACCUUCUGAAUGUUUUGGGUCCCAAGAAUUUUUGACAUCAGAUGGGGUCGUUUUUAUGGGUAUCCAGUUAUGUUUGCCUGUCUUUCCAGAUGGACCCAGUUAUUAGCCAUAUAUAAUACAUUGUUACACCUCCACCAGCGGGUAAGGAAAUGAUGGAGAAAGGAGUAAGAAAUGGCUACUCGUUUUAAUCAUUCCUCCUGGAUUUGCCCUCAGUCCCUAACUGCCAAGUAGGAUGUGUCCAUGGAUAAUUAUGUUGGCCUGACUAAAGUACCAUGUAGCUGUUCUUUAUAUUUAUUUACAUAGAAAGAUCUGGCAAAGAACUCAAAGAAAAUUGUACCAUUUAAUCAAUAAAUUUGUCCCCUGGUGCUAGCAUGGUGUUAUAGAAAGUGGACAGGCUUUAGAGUUAAGUGAAUCUGGGUUCAUAUGUUAGUGUUAUUAUUCAUUAGCUCUCUACUGUUGAACAAAUUGCUUAAACUAUCUAAUUCGGGGGGUGUUCCAUCUAAAAUAGGGAUAAUAAUAUCUACCUCAUAGAUAUUAUUCUCAUAGGAUUAUUGUGAGAAUUAAACUAACUUCACUACAGUAGAAAAUAUCAACUACCAUCCUUUUCUCUACUUCCCCUGCCCCUCAUUAAAGACUAACACAAGUUAGCAUUUCAGAUGUGUAGAUCAUUCUUUAUUCCAGUUAAAAGAACAAACUUUAUCUCAUCAGUUCUGAAACUUUAAGAUGCAGUAGCAUCACCUAGAAUGCUUUUAAAAUGCAGAUUCUCAGGCAUCAACCGUACACCCCCCACCACACACACACACACACACACACACACACACACACAAUCAAGAAUCUGUGCAGAAGGCACUGGGAAUCUACUUGUUAAUAUGUGCUCCAGAUGAUUCUGAUGUAGGUAAUUAGCCAGCCACACUUUGAGAACCAUUGCCUUAUUUAUUCUUUACAAAAAUGUACAUUGCCAGGUCUUUCUUUCCUGUGGAUGCUAACUAUAGGAUAUUUAGGUUCCUCUGUUCUUUGUCUCCCAUAGUGGCCCCCUUUGCAAACUCCAAAUACAUUAUAUUUAUUUAUUCUUGUGUCUUUUUUCCCCCACUAGACUGUGAGCUCCUUGAGGGCCAGGAUUUAUCUCUGUUCCCAGUGCCAAGGACAUGGCCUGGACCAUAGAAGAUACUCAGUUUUUUGUUGAAUAAAUAGGUAAUAUGGAUUUCAACCAAAA